GCUGCUUCGGUCUUGUCGCGUGCACCGUGCAGCCCCCUCACCUCUUCCUCUUUCUCCCUGUCCUCCUCCCUGGGAUGUGGGCAGACCCAGAGGAGCUGCAGGUUCUCCAGCUGCUCCUAACCAGCAUCUUUGCCAACAUCAGCUCUGCUGAGGUGUCCGGGGUGACUUUGCUGGGGGACGUGCCCAUCUUUGAGCUGGAUCCUGUCGACUGGAGCAUCCAAUUCCACCAGCCAUGGGCCCGCCAGGCCAUAGCCGAGGGUGAUAUGGGGAAGCUCUAUUCCCACUCCAAACUCUUUCUACGCAAUUUGGUCCGAUACGUGCAUGAAACAGCCCGGCAGGUGCAACAGGACUACCCAUUUGUGAUCCAAAUCCGUGGAGGCUGUGUGCUGCACCCCAACAGGACAAGCUGGGGCUUUUUGGAUGCUGGGGAGGGCGGCAGAGACUUCAUAGUUUACGACAUGGAGAGGCAGCGCUGGGAGUCCCAGCAGACAUCCCGGCUAGCGGAGCUAGUCAGCAAGUCCCUCACCAGCAAGAAGGCCAUCAUGGGGCUCCUGGACCACAUCUUAUCCAUCUCCUGCCAGAGCUACAUCCUCACCCUGUGGAAGUAUGGGAGAGCUGAUCUGGAGAGACAAGAGCUGCCUGUGGUCACGGUCUUCGCUCGCACACCCAGACCAGACCAAGUCCUGCUGGUUUGCCGCGUCACCGGCUUCUACCCACGGCCCAUCAGUGUGGCCUGGCUGCGGGAUGGCCAGGAGGUGCCGCCAGGCCCGGCGCUCAACACCAGUGACAUCCUGCCCAAUGCUGACCUCACCUACCAGCUCCGCAGCAUCCUGGCUGUGGCCCCCCAUGAUGGGCACAGCUACGCCUGUCGCGUGCGCCACCGCAGCCUGGGCACCCGCAGCCUCAUCAUCCCAUGGGAAAACCGCAGUGCAGCUCCAACCCUUGGCAUCACCAUCGCAUUGCUGCUGCUUGUGGCCUCAGCCUCUGCUGGGGGAAUUUGGUGGUGGAAGUGCAGGAAAGGUAACAAGUCCACACAGGAGACCCAGGAAUUCAUCAUUUGAGGCCUGACUGCCCACCCAGCAAUGAGCUCCCUCACCACCAGCUGUCCCCACUUAUCUCAUCUCCCAUCUCUGAUCCAUGAGCAUCGACAGGGGUUUGCUCUGGAAAACCACUGCAUUAAACAGCUACAAA